AUGGCAUUCGUCCGCGAAGCGGAGGCGUGGAAUGUCGACAUUGACCGCCAUAUCAAUCGAAUUAUCCCUCCUUCUCCACUUCACCGGUUACCACCACCAAUUUCCAGGUUUCUCGGGUAUAGGCAACAUCAGAAGCAGGAUGUCGGGAAUGUCUUAGGAGCUUUCUGGUCGUUGCUGGGUGCCUUUUGCGGAUUGGCCGUGGUUGCUGCGGUGUUCAACAACACCAAAAUUAUACAAAUGCAUCACCCACCUGCAUUGAUAGCCUCAUACAAGGGCGCUUCGGCAAUCUUAGAAUACAACGCGAUCCGCUCACCGCUAGGGCAACCGCGUAAUGCUCUUCUUGGGCAUACCUUGUCCGCCGUUAUUGGGGUCGGGAUUACGAAGCUCUUCCGUCUUCGCUCGGAUUUCGAAAAGAUCAAAUGGAUAGCAGGCGCAGUUUCGUGCGGUAUAGCCUCCGCUGCUAUGCUCCUCACAGGCACAGUCCAUCCGCCAGGUGGCGCUUCUGCGGUCCUCGCUGCGACUUCGCCAGAGAUUACGGAGAUGGGCUGGUACUUCGUGGGCCUGAUCAUGCUUGGGGUCCUCCUGAUGCUCAUCGUCGGCCUGAUCAUCAACAACAUACAACGGCAAUUUCCAAUCUACUGGUGGACUCCGCUGUCUCUUCGCGAAGCGCGGGAAAAGGAUAUUGAAAUUGGACCUGAUGGUACUGGGGGCCUCCAAGAGAGGAACGAGCACCUGGAGGAGACGGAAAGUGAAGAAAAAAUAUUGCAGAUCACUAUCUCUGGAAGCGGCGUCACGUUACCAGACACGCUGGCGCUUAGCAGCGAGGAAUCAGAGUUGCUCGAACGGCUGCGACAUAGACUUGCAGGGGAUUCGUUGGUGUCGUCGCGGCAUUCGAUUUCGAGCGGAUCAAGUGCGAGCAUGACGAUGGUCCCUAGUCAUUGA